AUGGAUCAAGCGACCUCGCGAGCCCAGCUCUUCAAGGUCGAAGCUGCUUUGCUGGAUCCGGAUGGAAUCGGUCCAGCAAGUCGGCGGAGAACGACUGGCCAGCGGGGACGAAGAGAACGAGACGCAGAGGAGACUGGCUCCUCGCAGAUCGUCGGACUGGUCGCCGCGAUGUCGGCGGUGACGGCAGGGCGACGUCCAAGAAGCUCCAAGGCACGCCUCAUCGAGCUGAGGGUGAGGUGUUUGCCCAGCAGCUUGCUUUUUCUGGUGGCAUGACGGGUAUACUUGCGCGUUGCUGAACCACGCGCACGCUGUUGGUGAAGAUGGUCCUGUACGAACGAAGCAGCUAA